CUUCCGUCAGAACCGGAAGAUCCUCUCCCUUUGCGGUUUCCAGAGGCUCCCGGCUGCGGGACGCCGAGGUGAGGUCUGGGACGGUUCCGCUGGCUUCAGGGUGUCUGAUCCACGACCUAGCCCCGGCGCCAUGGGUGUGAUAGGUAUACAGCUGGUCGUUACCAUGGUGAUGGCCAGUGUCAUGCAGAAGAUUAUACCUCACUAUUCUCUUGCUCGAUGGCUACUCUGUAAUGGCAGUUUGAGGUGGUAUCAACAUCCUACAGAAGAAGAGUUAAGAAUUCUUGCAGGGAAGCAGCAAAAAGGAAAAAGCAGAAAAGAUAGGAAAUACAAUGGUCACAUUGAAAGUAAGCCAUUAACCAUUCCAAAGGAUAUUGACCUUCAUCUAGAAACAAAGUCAGUUACGGAAGUGGAUACUUUAGCAUUGCAUUACUUUCCAGAAUACCAGUGGCUGGUGGAUUUCACAGUGGCUGCUACAGUUGUGUAUCUAGUAACUGAAGUCUACUACAGUUUUAUGAAGCCCACACAGGAAAUGAAUAUCAGCUUAGUCUGGUGUCUGCUUGUUUUGUCUUUUGCAAUCAAAGUUCUAUUUUCAUUAACUACACACUAUUUUAAAGUAGAAGAUGGUGGUGAAAGGUCAGUUUGUGUCACCUUUGGAUUUUUUUUCUUCGUUAAAGCUAUGGCAGUCUUGAUUGUAACAGAAAAUUAUCUGGAGUUUGGACUUGAAACAGGGUUUACAAAUUUCUCAGACAGUGCCAUGCUGUUUCUUGAAAAGCAAGGUUUAGAAUCUCAGGGUCCUGUUUCAAAACUUACUUUCAAAUUUUUCCUGGCUAUUUUCUGUUCACUCAUUGGGGCUUUUUUGACAUUUCCUGGAUUACGGCUGGCUCAAAUGCAUCUGGAUGCCCUGAAUUUGGCAACAGAAAAAAUUACACAAACACUACUUCAUAUCAACUUCUUGGCACCUUUAUUUAUGGUUCUGCUCUGGGUAAAACCAAUCACCAAAGACUACAUUAUGAACCCACCAUUGGGUAAAGAAAAUGUCCCUUUAAUGACAGAAGCUACAUUUGAUACUCUGCGACUCUGGCUAAUAAUCCUGCUGUGUGCUUUACGGUUGGCCAUGAUGCGUAGUCACCUGCAAGCUUAUUUAAACUUAGCCCAGAAAUGUGUGGAUCAGAUGAAAAAAGAAGCAGGGCGAAUAAGUACAGUUGAGCUACAGAAAAUGGUGGCUCGAGUCUUUUAUUACCUCUGUGUCAUUGCACUGCAGUAUGUGGCACCGCUGGUAAUGCUGCUUCACACAACUCUGCUUUUGAAAACAUUAGGUAAUCAUUCCUGGGGGAUUUAUCCAGAACUUCUCUCUACUUUGCCAGUGGAUAAUAGCCUACUCCCCAAUUCUGUUCACUCUGAAUUACCAUCUGCUGAUGGGAAGAUGAAGGUAACUGUUACACAAAUAACAGUGGCACUGAGCAGCUUAAAAAAUAUUUUUACUCCUCUCCUUUUUCGAGGACUUCUGUCUUUUUUGACCUGGUGGAUAGCUGCUUGCCUCUUUUCUACAAGCCUUUUUGGACUUUUUUAUCACCAAUAUCUGACUGUGGCAUGAAUUGCAGUUAACUAAAAGGAUAUACAAGUCUCACUUUAAAUUCAAAUAUUUGUGCCCUUGAAGGGCUGAUGAAAACCAGAAGAAAGCAAAUACAAAGGAAAAAGAAAAAACAUAUCAAAAUCUCUUGUUUUAAAUGUUUCCUCUGUAUUCUCAGGGUGAAUUAAUGUUAUAAUAUUUAAAAUCACAAAAUAGAUUGUUCACUGUUACACUGUGGCAUCGGAAUUUUAACUCUUUAUAUUUACUGAUGUGCGAGGGCUAUCUACAGGGGUAAUACUUAGGGUUACCUUGGUUUACAGAAACCUCCAGCAGUCUUUGCAACAUCUCAUAUGACUCCAGUUAUUGAUUAAUUGCACUUAGUGGUAUUAAGGUACUGUUUAUAGUCAUAGUGGUUACCUAAAGAACAGUCUUCAACCUGAGCCAUGCUUUAGUGGAGGGAAAAGAGCUAACGUCACUUCUGUUGGUAAUGUAUCAGUUACUCUUCAAACAACACCAACAAUAAAAUCCAACAGAAACUAAGAGAUUGCUACUGUAUAUUACAGUAAAGGAAGCUAUAUUCGUUACUUUAAAUUUAAUGGAGAUGUACAUGUUUAAGUACUGCUGCUAGAGUAGCAAGAAUAUUGUUUUAAAAUGUAUACUACCCAACUUGAGAGUUCUUUUUUAAUGAUUGGCCAUGUAAACAUUUGCAACAUUGCUGUUAGGUAUGGCCUGCCAUAUUUUAUUUUAUUCUAUGAUCCUGAAUAGUUCCUUUUAAUAGUCUAAAACUAUUUAUCAAUAUUGAUUAGACUUUAAAAAAAUUACUUUGUAAUCCUGCUGACUACCUGUAUGUAUUGUAUAUAUAUUAUAUAUUAAAUAUAUAAUAUAUUGAGAUUAUUAAAGAUGAAAAUAUUGAAUUCUUAUAGUAUUUUACAUUGCUGAAUGUAUGUUAAAAAGUGAUUGAAUGAGAUGUAGUUGUAUCUAGAAAUUUUAUUUCUUUUUGGAAUGAGAUUAAAAUACAUUUUGAAAGUU